AUGGGUGGAGGCCCUGUUACCCUGGAGAGGAGUCAAAGGUUCCCGUUCGCUCUGGGGAAAAGAGCUCGUGCUAGUUGCCUGAGGAAGCACCGGGAAAACCCCCUGGUUGGCCCCCUUCGACCCGGGGAGGGUAGUCGGUUGCUCGAGGACGUGUGCCAGGUGCUCCUGGGGGCGCUGAAGGUGGAGGACUCCGACCCCACCACGACGGACAUGACACUCGCCGCCCUACAGAAGCUCUCCAUCAGUUUGGUGUAUCUGAUCGUUCCAGAAGGUUUCAAGACUGAUCCUUGUUUAGUUAUUAGAUCAUGUACCGAAAUAGAUGCGAAUAUACCUAUAACAAUGCAGACUAUCACUGACAGUAUGAAGGGCGAAGUCCAGUCGACCCUGAUUCGCAACGGCGCCGUCGAAUGGCUGGUGUCGACCCUGGGCAACACCAGCAACCUCUCGCCCUACACCAUGGAGUACGCGGCGGCCCUGCUCAUGAACUUGACCCUGAGGUCCGCCGGCAGGUCUCGCUGUGUCCCCUUGGCCCGGAGUCUCCUGCCGACGCUGACGCACCUCCUCGCCUCCGUGCCCGUGCAUGUCGUGCCUUACGUGACGGGGGCGCUGUACAGCCUCCUCUCGCACCAGACUCUGCGCCAGGAAGCUUUUCAUCUCGGCCUUGACACCUCCCUCCAGCAUCUCGCUCAGAACGGAAGCAACGAGCAGAGAAGACAACUCGAAUACAUCGUGGAGCAGAUCCGUCGGGACCCCCCCCUCUCGCCCCCUCCCUCCCCCGAACCCCAUCUGGAUAUAGAGGAGGACCCCGAAUGGCUGGAGGAGGAGCUUGACCAGGAUGACCCAGUUCGACCUCCACCCCACACUCCCGCCGGCGAGGAUCUGCUGACGUGGCGCUACACCCUCCACCCCGGUGAGUCUCGUCUGCCAAGUGACCCGCGUAAAGAAGCUGCUCCGACAAGGUCAGCCCCUGUCCCUACCGUGCCCUGGGACCCCCGUGGCACCACCCCCCAGGCCCGCCCCAACUCCGACGGUUUUGUCAUGAGGAGAAACUACACGGUGCAGCAGCAGCAUCUGUACGAAUCCCAAGCAGCCGAAGGAGGGCAGUGGGAUUAUCCCUCAGAUUCUGACGGAGGAAGGAGCGAUCGCGCGGUUCGGGCAAGACCUCCUUCAGAAGACGCCGGCGGCCGAGACACUGAAGCGAGCGCGAGCGGAAGGUCUUCCGUCGGGUCUCCAAUGCGCACCACAGCUUCGGGUCCGGGGCAGGUUCCUGCAGGUCCUGGAAACGAUCAUCCCCAGACUCGACAAACACCGCGUCCUCAACCUCGCCAGCCAGACGGGGAAGAUCCUGAGAUGUCCAGAUGCCCGGCUGCGACCGCCACGUACGCCAGGUCCAGCCACGACGACGACGACGACGUGUCUGUGGUCUCGACCCUUGUCCACCCCGACCACAGCAUCAACCUCCGCGACGACGCCUACCAGCCCACGCUACCCCACGCCGUCAACGACAGGAGAAACGCCUCAGCUGAGAGGGUAAAUCAGGAGGAAGCGGAUGACGGAGGAAAGGGAGAGGACGAGAGAGCGAACGAGGAGCGGCCGCCACCCGAGGAAAUCAGGUACUACGACAGCGGCAAGGAAACGAGCGGGGAGGCGGUCAGCGACAGAAAUGAACGUCCCUUGCCUACUAGCUACGCGCCGCAGGAGGAAAGCACACAAGAACCGGCACAGGGAGACGCUGAAGAAACCAAGACAGAGGAACGGGAAGAAGUUAGUGUAAAGGAGGAACCGCCUAAUGAAGGAGGAAUGGAAGAAAAGUCAGACGAACCAAAGGAAGAGAAUUCCAAGCCUCAGGAAGUUCCGGAGACCGUUCAACCAUCGCCGGCACCUCCGCCUUCAGCACAUCCGGAGCAAAAUAUAGCAGAAGGAAGAGAACCAGCUGCAGAGAAGAAGCUUUUGCCGCGACGAAAAUCUGUCACACGUCCCCAUAUCCCUCCGGCACCUGAUAUGCCCAAAAAGGUAGACGUAGAAGCCAGCAAGCUCCUCGAGAAGCUUGUGGGCGAAGUGCGUGAGAUGCCCGUGCCCAUAAGCACUCCGGACAACGACCCUCUGCUCCUCUCUCUGCCGCCUCCAAAAGUCUCGGAAUUCAAAGUGGCCUUCAGUUCGCGUCCGAAGAUCGCUCGGACGCCUCCCGGAUCCGCCAUUCCCGACGGUCGCAGCGGCCGACGGGGAUCUAUGUGUUCUCUCAGCCCUGGAAGCCCGCCCGUUCUCCCGCCGAUCAACAGGAACAACCACACGUACACGAGGGCUGCCACUUGAUGCGCGUUGUUAUAGUAAUCUUGACGGUCCGAGAGCAAGAGUGGUAGCGGAGUUUGCGGCAGUAAAGGAAGAGCUAGAAAGGACACGCACAAAAAGGGAAAAGGAAAUGAGAAAGGUAAACGAAACAAACUAGACAAGAAGUACAGGAAAGACUGAAAGAAAGAAAAGAAAAAAAAAGAAAAAAAAA